AUGUCGUCUAAUAUUGACAAGAGGUGGAUGGAUUGUCCUCGUAAGUCUGAAGAGUAUAUACAAGGAGUAAGGUCAUUUAUAGAGUUUGUCAAGAAUAAUGGUGGUCAGAGUACUAUGUUUUCAUGUCCUUGUAAAUGCUGUAACAACGGUAAAGGCUCACUGCCACUUGGUGAGAUUUCGUACCAUUUUUUCAAACAUGGGAUUGUAUCAUCAUAUAAAAUAUGGCGUUUUCAUGGUGAAAGUUCUGUGGUUGAAGUGCAGCAAGCACAUAGGGGUAAUAAUUUAACAGAAGGUGUAGAUGCCAACGUAGGAGAUGCAGUUGAAAAUUUUGAACAUGUAGUUGAUCCUUCAGCGGACCCUGUUGUCGGCCCUUCAGUUAACGCUGCAACAGAAGGUGCAAAUCAGAAUGUUGGAGAAGGUGUAGAUGUGAAAGUUGGAGAUAGAGUUGAUGAGAAUACUGGAACUAGCAGGAGUAAGAGAAGACAAUUUCUACAUGAGCGUGCAAGACAACCUUUGUACAAUCUAUGUCCUGAAGGAAAAACAACCCUUUACGUUGCUAUGAUGCUGACUAACAUAAAGACCCAAUAUGGAAUCUCAGACACCGGUGCUACUGCAGUCUUUGAAUUGAUGAAAGAGUUGCUCCCUGAAGGAAAUACUUUGCCGUGUAAGUUUGCUGAAGUUAAAAAGAUGAUUCAAGAACUAGGGAUGGAUUAUAUAACAUAUGAUGCGUGUGUAAAUGACUGUGUCUUUUAUUGGAAGGAUAAAAGUUUAUUGUUCAAGUAUCCUGUUUGUGAAGAACCUAGAUAUAUAAAAGUUUUCAAUGAUGAGAGGAAACUGACCCAAGUUGCGCAAAAUACUUUGAGGUAUUUUCCAAUUUUUGAAAGGUUGAGAAGGUUUUACAGUAUUCCAUGGAUAGCAGAGGCAAUGUAUUGGCAUUCUAAAGCGCAGUCAGAUAUGAAUGUGAUGCGACAUCCAGUUGAUUCUGCAGCUUGGCGGUGUGCGGAUAAAUUUUCUCUAGAGUUCGCCAAGGAGCCACGGAAUUUGUUGGACGGUAAUUCUACAGCCGUACAACCUUGCUCCUUCUUACUGUAUGUUGCGGGAAUUCUCAAUGUUGGCACUGUCGAUAUCUGGCCCAAGAGCACCGGUAAAGAUAUUGAUGUGUAUUUAGAGACACUGAUAGAUGAACUGAAACUUUUACGGAAUGAAGGUAUAUUAACAUACGACUCCUCCACUAAGACUGAAUUUCUGAUGAAAGCGCGACUGUUAUGGUCUAUCCAUGAUUUUCCAGCUUUGGGUACUUUAUCUGGAUGCGUGACUCAUGGGUAUUAUGCGUGUCCGAAUUGUGGAGACAAGACAAUUGUUGAUUGGCUGCCGUUCAGUAAGAAGAUCUGUUACAUGGGAUACCGUAGAUGGCUGCCAGCAAAACACAAGUAUAGAGAUGAUAAAUUGAAUUUCGCCGGUGGGGCAGAACGCGGUGUAGCUCCAUGGCCACUGACAUGGUUGCAGGUUCAAGAGAUGGUAUGCAAUCUGAAAUGCAAACGAGGGAAAGGAAAACAACCAGCAAAGAAACGUAAAAGAGGAUCUGAACAUGGUGCUGAUGAAGAAGAAGAGGUAUCUGACCACCAGUUGUUUUCAAGAAGAUCAAUCCUAAAUGAUUUACCGAAUUGGGGUUCAAACUCUAUUCGGCGUUGCACAAAUGUUAUGCACACGGAGAAGAAUAUAACUGAACAUAUUAUAAAUACUGUAAUGGGGAGUAAGUCAAAAGAUAGUGCUAAUGUGCGUAAAGAUUUGGAGUCUAUGGGGAUUAAAAAGAAGUUAUGGCUGCACACAGAUGAAGUGACUGGUAAAACAUCAAUGACAGAGGGUAGUUUUGCGAUGACGAAAAAUGAGAAAGUUACUCUUUGUACUAUUUUGAAGAACUUAAAGGUCCUUUCAAAUUUCUCUUCCAAUCUUCGAAACAACGUCAGCAUCAAUCCUCCGUUAAUGAAAGGUUUCAAAGGAUUGGUGCGCAAUAAAAGAUACAUUGACGGGUGCAUUGCAAGAGGCUAUACGCUGCGAGAAGCUAGCUUAUACUAUAUGGAGGACAUAUCAAAAGAUGGUGAUGGUACUCAUGUGCAGUUUAAGAAGUAUGAUUCCUAUGUUGUCCACGCCAAGUCUCACAGUCAGAGAAAUCAUUCGUCCAACCAGACCACAAAGACUUUUCAUUUAUGGUUGCGCGACGAGUUGUUAGAAGCCAAUGAAACUGAUUCAUUUCUUUGGCGACUCGUGCAAGGACCUCUCUUCAAAGCACAAUCAUAUGCAAAAUACCAAUUCAAUGGCUUUACUUUCUCCCCACAAGAUUGCGAUGUGAAGCGGGUAUCACAAAAAAGUGGUGUGUCGAUGAAAGCUAUUACAAGUCAUAGAGCUAAGUCGACGGACAGAAAUUACAAAGAAGCUGAAAUUACCUAUUAUGGAGUCAUUAAAGAGAUCAUCAAUUUAAAUUACUUGGAAUUUGAAGAAAAAAUAUUCCAUUGUGAUUGGGUCAGAGUUAAAGAUAAAACUAAUGGAUGCCAAGUUGAUGCAAACUCAAAUGUGAUGAAGGUUAACUUAUCCAAGCUGAAAAGUAUCAACAAAGUGGUUGAUGAGCCGUUUAUCCUCGCAUCUAAAGCAACCCAAGUGUUCUACUCAACGGAUCUUUCUCCACAAGGAUGGUCUGUGGUGUUGCAUUCAUCUCAGAAGUUAACGUCCGCAGUUAUUGUGGCAGCAGCAGUGGAGGUCGACGAAUAUGGACUACCAAUUUCUGCCAAUGCAACAAAAGUAGGCCACAAUAAGGGCGCAUUGGUUCGUACCCAUGUUCCUAUUUCGUACAAAACCUGGAGGAAAGUUCCUGAUAAGUACAAGGAAGAUGUUUGGACUGAACUUAAGAGAUCAUUUGAUUUACCUGAGACUUCCAAGCCCAUUAUGUUAAAGGGGAUGUCUGAUCCGUGGAGGAGAUUCAAGUCUGAGCUGCGAAUCGACUAUUAUGAUAUAAUGAUACUCAUGAAGAAAGGAUUGUGA